GCCAUAUCCCCCUCAAAUGCCACCUCCCCACGAAACCCUCAUUGCAGAAACUCCCCACUUUACUUCGUUUCCGUUUCUUAGAGAGUUCCCAUGUCUCGCUUUCUGUUUCUCUCUCUCUUUGUCUGCUCUCGGUAGCUAGCUAUCUCCACUCCAGACACUCCUGAGUUUGGUCCCUUUCCAUUUUUUGUUGGAGGAGCCGUCCUCGUCGUCUGACUUAACACGCCUCGAUAACCGCAACUGAUCAUAUUAAACUUGCCGAGUUUGGAGUCCCGGUGAUCAUGCCGAGCGCUCGCGGGGUUGCAUCUGAACAGGCAACGCCGGUGCUUGAAGACAAGAUUUAUGUUGCGGUCGGGAAGGAUAUGAAAGAGAGCCAAUCGAAGCUUGUUUGGACGGUGCAUCAAUUAGGAGGCAACUUCAAGAUCUGUAUCAUUCAUGUUCUAGUUCCUUCACGGAGGAUCCCUAUGGGAGGCCUGGGUGCAGGAAUCCCCGCGAGCUCGGCGAACGAGAUUGUGUUGAGAGAACACAGAGAAAACGAGAGGUUAAACAUGCAUAAAAUCUUGGAUAACGGCCUCCUUGUUUGUAAAGAAAUGGGGGUACGAGCAGAGAAAGAGUUCAUAAAAUCAGACAGCAUUGAAAAGGGAAUUGUGGAGCUCAUACAUUUGCAUGGGAUCAGAAAACUUGUAAUGGGUGCAGCAGCAGACAAGUGCUAUUUCAAGAGGAUGACAGAAAUCAAGUCCAGGAAAGCCGUCUUUGUUCGCGAUAAAGCGCACCUCUCUUGUCAAAUUUGGUUUAUUUGCGACAGGCACCUCAUUCGCACAAGGGAAGCUCGGACGGUUCAAGCGGUUGCAGGAGUUCCUACUAAUGUGCCAUUCCCGACGACUCCAACCCCUGGACCAGGAAAGUCGAUUCUCUCGAAAUCGCAAUCCUCUACACUGCCAAGGACGGCAAAGUUAAGUAAUCCAUUCCAAGACAUUCUGAGAAGAGCAUUCUCUUCGAAAAUCGACCAAGGUGCAGUGAUGCCUAUGGCUUCUUCCUCUGAUAGCUCUCCAGAGCAUCCUAAUGCGGCGAGCACUCUGGAGACACAAGAUACUUUCCAAGAACUCAAACCAGUUUCAACGAGUCGUUCUGAUCUUCCACAGUUGAUUCAGCCGGUCUAUUAUACCUGCCAGCCAUCAAUUUCCAACUCUCUGUUGGAGGAAGAACUUGAGAAGGUGAAGGAUCAGCUAGACAAAGUGAUGGAAGAACUUCGCAGUGCCCAGGAACAGAAAUUGCAGCUCGAGAGCCAAUUCGCCGAGACCAACCAGAGCAGAAAGGAGUUGGAGCUGAAAAUCAUUGCGAGCGAUGAAAUGUUGCAGACUUUUAAAAAAGAGCGAGAGCUGUUGCAGAUCGACCUCGAGAACGCGCUCCAAAAGGCCGAGGAGGUAAGCGGAAGAAAAGGAGAUUCUUCGGGCACAAAGUACUUCUCCGAGUUCUCCAUGACCGAAAUCGCAGAAGCUGUGCAGAACUUCCACCUGUCCUUAAAGAUCGGAGAAGGUGGUUGCGGGAGCGUGUAUAAAGGUUUCCUUCGACACACGUGGGUUGCUAUAAAGAUCAUGAAAUUUCCUAGCAUGCAAGGUUCACAAGAAUUUCAACAGGAGGUGGAUGUGUUGAGCAAGGUGAGGCAUCCUAAUCUCAUCACGCUUAUCGGCGCUUGUCCCGAGCCCUGCACUCUUGUUUACGAAUAUAUACCAAACGGAAGCCUCGAAGACUGGCUCCGCAACAGCAACAGGGCGAAGCAGCUGCCGUGGCGAGCCCGAAUACGCAUUGCCAUGGAGCUCCGCUCCGUCCUGGCCUUCCUCCACUCUUGCAAGCCUCACAGCAUCGUCCACGGGGACGUCAAACCAGGGAACAUUCUACUGGACGCGCACCUUGUGAGCAAGCUCAGCGAUUUCGGCAUUUGCCGACUGCUAUCCAGCGGCGAUCGGUCGAGCAACAACACCACUGUCGUGUACCCGACCGACCCGAAAGGGACGUUCGGGUACAUGGACCCCGAGUUCCUCGUCACACAAGAGCUCACGACAAAGUUCGAUGUCUACUCUUUCGGGAUUAUACUGCUGCAGUUAUUGACAAGGAGGCCCGCCUUCAGAAUAGCGAAGGAAGUGCAAAGGGCAAUUAACGCAGGGACUUUGGAGGCCAUCUUGGAUCCAUUGGCUGGAGAGUGGCCCUAUAAGCUGGCCAAGGAGUUGACUGAUUUGGCUUUGAGGUGCUGCGAGAUGAGCAGAAGGAAUAGGCCGGAUCUCCGAUCAGACGAGUGGACGGUGUUCGAAUCGGUCGGAGCUUCCUAUCGAUAAACCUAGACUUGUGAAUACUCAGGAAUUGAGCGAUAUACACGUUCGGAUAUGUACUUUGAACUUCAAAUAAAUUGACUUUCCGGGUCAUGCGUGGCGGUCAUCGGCAAGUACGGGCCGGAUUGUGUGUAU